AGCGCGGGUUACGAUACUGUUUAAAGAAUGUGGAGGGAAAUUUCCAUAUAAUAUGACUCUGUGUAACAUUUAAGCUUUUGGGAUUUGUUAGAAGUGAGUUGAAUUCACUUGUUUGCUUGGGCACUAACGUAAAGUGCCUACAUAUAUGCAUGCACACUGAUAAUAAUUUUUAGUAUCUGCAUAAAAGUUCACUAUACUCUAGGGUAUGAUCCCCACUUGGUUAUUAUAGCUCUCUACUGUUGAAAAACAUCGAAAUUGUGAUCUUCAGACUCGUAGCAAUUCAACCUCUUCUUUGCCACAUGCACUCGUAAAUGUUGAGUAUGUUUUUGCGUUAUAUUCUGUCCCUCGUCUAAGUACAUUUACAGGACGAGGUUUAUGACAAGCGGAUUAACAAUGAAUGUUCAAGAGCAUAGUGACAAAUCUUCAUCUCCAUCUUUAAAGAGGAAUAUUCAACUACUGGAAUCAGCAUCCGGAUGCUUUACAUGUUUCACAUGCACACAUAGCAAGAUCACUGGCGGUAGUGAUUCUAACCAGUCUUAUGUAUCUCAAAAGCCGGGAUCAAGCACUUCAGACCCAGAGACCUUUAGUUCUCAUCUAGCAGAAUAUCAUGCAAACACUGAAAAGCACUUGUGUCUGUACUGUAACUCCAUAGUUCAUCGAUCUUGUUUUGUACUUCACGUGUCCAAACAUUUACUGAAUGGUGCAUCAUCUAAAUCUUUGGAAAUCUUUUCAUGUCCAUUUAAGCCAACAUGUCCUGACAGAUUUAGUACUAGUCAAUUUCAGCAUAUGCGUAUUCACUGGAAUUCUCGACAUCAUAAUUCAGUUACAAUAAUGUGUGAUCAAUGCCUGAAUAAUUUUUCUACUUUGUCGCAGUGGGGAGAACACAUAAAAUCUUAUUCAUGCUCUAUUGUUCAUUGUACUUUCCCUGGGUGUUUUGUGAAGUCACCAUCCAGAGCACUUAUUUUAGAUCAUAUUAGGUUAAAACAUUCAAAAUUUUCAACUCCUAAGGAACAAACUGUAUUCCCGUUAUUUCAAGAAACGUCAGAAUUAAUCUGUAAUCGUCUUAUAAAGUUAGACAGUGUUUCAAAAUCUGUUACUACUUCGUUCACUGCAGUUGAUCAGCUUCCCCCUAUGAAUAUAAUGUGUACAGAUCUGUGUCCUCCAUUUGUCUUUCUGCUUCGUUGUCCUUAUUGUGAUCUAACAACUGUUCGAUGGACUUAUUUUUUAAUGCAUCCAGCUUCAUGUUCAGGUAUAAGAGCAUUUGUACACAAUCGUCAGCGGGAAGAUGGAACUCAGUUACCUCUCAUUUACCGUUGCCAUAUCUACUGGUGCUCAAAGUGUCAAGUGGUAUCUACAGAACAGAAACUAUUAACGGAACACGUUACAUAUUCCCACAAUCCCAAGGAAGCAAGUGUUUAUCGAGAACAUUGGCGCGUUUCCUUAUUAGAUGAUAACUCUGAACCAAUUAUAACAGGCUUAUCCGUAAAUCUUGAACGGGAUUUAGAAUCUUCUAAAGAUGCUGACGACAUGCUUCCUCCUUUCUCGACAACUGAAGACGAUGCUAAUGAUGACGAAGAAACAGAGUCACCUAUGAAUCUUGCCGCUUUAGCCCGACCUAGUUCAUCUAAGUUGGGUAACCGAGCUCAGCAAACAAUACCAAACAACUUUCCUACACUGUCUGUUAGCAAAUCUUCAACUAAUGAUAAUUGCACGGGAGUUAGUAACAGCUUGACCAGUGUUUCGGCUAAUCUCCACAUGAACAACUCAACUGCUCUGAAGACUUUUCGGAAUUUCACCGUUGCACAAGAUGUUGGAAGCUUUCCUACUUGCAAUGCAGCGUCCGCUGUUGCUGCUAUGGCUGCAGCGGCUUUAUCGGGUUUAACAAGUUUCAAUAUGAAUAAUGCUGUUUCACAUUCAAUCAAUCCUUUCUCCACAUCAUUACCUUGUGAUAUCUCUUCUCCGAUUCCAAUUCAACCUAAACCUAGUACUCUUCCCGCUGAAGUUGUAGAUCCUGUGCAGGGAAAUGAAGAAGUAAACAAAAUUGAUACAGAAGAGUCCAAGUAUGCUGACUCACUGGACUCAUCAGCCAAAUCUCCUGCUGAUGAAUACUUGUCUUCAGAUGAUGCAGGGCGUGUAUGUGAUGGCUUAGUAUCCUUUCCAUUCGAUGAAUGCAAAUUCCGCAGCGAAUUAUCUACACAGCUAAGACCUCAUAUAAUCGACCUUUUGGUUUCAAAAAUGAAGCAAUUCUCCUCAUAUUUCGUUCGCAUUUUAGGCAAAGAAAAUCACCGUCGAAUUCCUGUUUGUCCAGAAUGUGACAAAGUGUUUCCUUACGGUCUUGGUGAUUUCAAGCGGCAUUUACUUACUGUACAUCUAGAAGUUCCUAGAGAGCAUCUUAAAGAUUGUUUGCGCUUUACCUAUCUUCCAAAAAGUGAGGAAAAAUUUCAAGAAGUUCAGGAGCAAAUUGCCAUGCGUCAGAUGAAGCCACGCGUCCUCGAAGCUGGUCGUCGUCGUGUUCCUCUGCCUUAUUCAAUACGCAUUUUGCGAAGGUUGACUGCACAUCUCCCCAUAGUAACUCGAGAAUUCUUGGAGCAAAAAAUGCAACUGUAUAGUCGCCUGUCGGUUGUAGUGGAUACUCGUGGAGGAUUCCGACGAUACAAAUGCAAUCAUUGCUCUUAUUCAUCACCUCAUGCUCUAGCUGACGUGAGAAAGCAUAUACUAGGAUCUCAUUGUGGCAUCUCUACCAAGCAUUUUCGUCACUGUCUCCAGGCAUCUCGUUUAGAUCCUGUAGAGUUCACCCUGUUUUCCGAUGAAAAGUUAGCCCGCCUUGCAAGGGACUUUCUACAUAGACGUCAAGUUUCUACUAUUCCCAUCAGUCCUAAUGCCUCUCCAAAGUCAAACAGUGAUAAUCACCUCACGUCUACUGAGAGUACUUCUGUCGCGUCACCGACUGUAUCUAGUAGUUUGCCAUGCGAUCCUCAGGAUGCUUAUAUCUCUCAUUUUACUGCUGUCGUACCAGGUUCAAAAACGAAAGUAACGGUGCGAAUUCGACCUCCAAUUCCUCCUGAUUUUCGCAAUUCUGACCCAUUGACCUCUGCUGACUUAUCUUCAAGUCACAUCAAUGGAAAUCUAUCAUUGUGUCAGCCUUCUAUGUCUCCUUUUGAAUGUGGUGCAGAACAUCAAACAACCUCCUCCAAUACAAAUUCGGAAUUAGCUUCACUUCCAUCUAUCCCGGGAAUUGAAGGUGCUGAUCGAGUGGUUGACCUAGCUCUGCCAUUUUCCGAACCGGUUCUUCGUCAUUUGUUGGAAUCUUCUGGUGCUCCAGAACGUCAUAUCGAAGAUAUAGUUGGAAAAAUGCGUGUGUACUCAACUUACAAGAUGAGUCGAAUAUGUCGCAAUGAUCGUACCAUAGCGUUUCGCUGUCCUUGCGGUCGCUUAUUCAUUACAACUCGACAACCGGAUAGUAAAAUACGUGCUGCAACAUUAGCAGAUAGUAGACGUCAUGUUAUGGGUGUUCAUGCACGCAUUCCAAAUGUAUUCAUAACGAUCUGUUGUCAGGCUUCUCGUAUUACAAGGGAGUACGAUUUUCAAAUAUAUCCUGAUGAUAUGCUUCUCCGAUUAGCUAUGGAUAGGCCCAUUAAGCUUAAUAAUCUUCCAGUUCCUGCACCUUCCGACGUAAAUACUUCGAACACAAAUGGUCGUUCAUCUUCAAAUAAUUUUUCGAAACCGUUAAAGGAAUUAGCUCCUUAUCCAAUUGUCGCUACAAUCGCUCCUCAGCAACCAAUAAACACUAACUCUGUUUCAUCUUCACCUCGAACACAAAUUCUGGAUGUUGGUGAAGCGGAUUCGGUAAGCGAAGGAACUGAUACUGGUGGGACAAGCGGCUCAAUUAAUCACGAUGAAUCAUUUACGAAAUAUGAGAAUAGUGAAAAUGACGAUAACAAAGAGAGCUCAGAUAUAGAUCCAAAAAGGGUUCAGAAGGAACCUGAAGACCCACUGGCACAGUUAAAUGCUGUUCAAGCUUCUGGCUCUGAGGAAGUAGAACGUGUGAUUGAUCUUCCAUAUUCCUCCGAGGCAUUGAAAACUUUAGUACAAGGCUACUGUCCCCCCAAUUUCUUCCCAGUGCUUGAGGCUAAAAUGGGAGUCUACAGUUCGCUUAAAGUUUAUAUCACCAGACGCCGUGGAAGGAGAUAUUUUUGUUGUUCGGGUUGUUCAUCAUCUUCACCUCAUGGAAUGGGUGAUAUUCGGAAACAUAUAUUAGGUGUGCAUGCAAAAGUACCUGAACGCUAUAAAGCUGCCGCUAUGCACUGUAGCCGUCUCAGUCGUGAAGAUAAUACUUUAUUACCGAACCAUGUGUUACUGCACUUAGCUAAGAUGAAAUGGAAAGGAACUGUGAUCAAACCGCUCUCUGAAAUGGAUUUAACUCAGUUUGGGUCACGUCGUGCGUCAGCUGUUGGUUUAUCUCGCCCAUCUGGACAGUUUGCAUCCCAGGUUUAUCAGCCUACUGUUCACCGAGAAGUUGAGAAACUUGUAAAUAUUAAUCGUGUUGACCAUCUUCCUUCCAGUGCAAGCCAAUAUUCAAUGAACAAAAGUUUAUCAAAGAUUUCCGUACAAGAGGCUGAUUUGAUUGAUGAAAAUGGAAUGAAGUCGAAUAAGUCAAUGGAUUUACCUGAUGAUGAUGGGACGGAUGAUCAUGAUAAUGAAGAAGUUAGUAGUGCUACCGCCGAUAAUGAUGAAAUUGAUCUACCUGAAUUGCCUUCCAGCAUAUUUGACAAUUCUUCAGAUUUCCAGUUGGAUGAUGACACCUUUGAGUUGUCAAAACCUGCUAAAAUACCUCGACUUAAUGAUGAUACUGUUGUUGUUUUUCCGUUACCAGUUAAUGGUACUUCUGUGCACAAAUUGCAUGGAAAUGAAUCUAGUGCUUUUUCGACUGUUCCAGUAUCUAAUACGCCUAUUGUGGGCAUACGAAACAAACCUUCAAUUACGCCUAGUGGAUCAAGUCGUCGUAAACCUAACAAAAUGCAGUUAGUACAACUAAGACCUGAUCAUUAUUCGGAGUCGAAUUUCAGUUCCAUUCAUUCAAUUAGUCCUAUAGAAAACUCUAUAGUUUCUAUGCCAAAUCAACAGUCAAGUGACACAACUUCGAUACAUCCUCAAGUAAUAGAUGUUGAUGGCAAUGGUAUAGUCACAAAAGAUUGUGAUCAUCUUACCAAAGUUAGUCAUCCCCUCAAUUCAAUACAAAGUCGUAUUGGUGUUUGAAAUAUCCUUUGAUUAGUACUUUGUAUCAUAUAUGAUUUCCAAUCUUUUAUUUAUUCUUUCUCCUAUGUUAUUUACAAAUGCUUCCUAGUGUGUAAAUAAGUAAUUUUGUGGGAUAAGUGUAUUACUUUUAACUUGUUUUUGAUCUUAUCUGUUUUCUCAGUUUUGUAUUUGUAUCUGUUUGUUUGUUGUACCGUUUCCUAUAGGUUUGCUAAUACUACUUAACUCGUUCCAUAUUUCUAUCUUUCUCUCACGUGUCCAAUGCAUCUAUUAUUGUCUACAAAUUGUGGUGUCUAUAAUUUUUUAAUGGUUUGUUCGUAUUACCUCUACAGAAGACAAUUUUUAACUUGUAGUUCAUUAAUUCGGGAAGUAAUGUUAACCAACAAAAAGUGUAAGGAAAAAAAAACAAAGAACAGUUUUACUGUUUACUUUUUCGUUUAUUAUUUGAUCCACCUACCUUUAUGGUGUUUUUGUAUCCUGUCCUACAUAUUGGUGUGUAUUUAGUUAAUCCUUCUCAAUUUAGCUAAGUAAGAAAAAGGCGAUCGCAUUUAUUAUUACUACCAGUGAUUUAUGCUGAACUGCCACUUGCAUGUUUUCUUUUUUUGACUCCUUUUUCUAACAUAGUCUAUGAUUAUGGUUAUUGUGAAUAACAUCUGUGUUUUUGGAUGUAAUCUUAGUUUACCUGUUAUUAUCUUUUUUCUCAGCAUUUUCUCUUUAUGGUAAUGUCUACUCAUAUGAUUAUUACUUGAUUUAUAUUACAUAGUUGAUGUCUAUCAUUACUUUAUGUUUAAAGUCUAGUCGUUGAAAAAAAGUGAUCAUUUCGCCUGUUCAUUAAAUUGUUCCAGACUUCUAUGCUUUUCCUGAUGUUAAAGUUAUGUUUGUAAUAAAUAAAUGCAUCUGUUCCUCCAAUUCGACUAUAUUUGCUUGUACAAGAAGCCAUUGCUUUUGUUGCUGCACUUAAUUGCAGGAUUUGUUUUGUGAUUGCUUGAUUUAGUGGACUCGACUAAACUUAUAAACUGUAUUCAAACCACCUUAAAUUGAUUCGUGCAAACUUCGUUACUGCUGACUAGAACAAAGAUUAUAAUUCCACUUCUUCUUUAGCUUGCUAUUAAGUACCAUCUAAGCUGAUUUCAUUAUUUUAUCUCAUUUAGUUGCAUUUUUCAACUGAUAAUUUCCAAAUAAGUCAGUUGUAUUGUGCUGUUGCUGCUGCCUAUUUUUGAGCGCAAUCACUCUGUUGUUAUCUGGUUUUCUUCUUUUGUCUUGUGAUCAGUUUUAAUUUCGCUCUUCAUUGACUGUUAGGUUUUGUUUGUUUGACUUUCUUUUCCAUUAUUCUGAGUUAUACAUCCAUAUAUAUACUUUACGUAAAUGUACAUACAUUUAUUAAACAGUGUUAUGUAUGUAUGAACAACUAUAUCUGUUUAUGUAUACUUUCUUGACCAAGUAGGUUUGGUAAUUAUGUUGAACGUUUUGUUUACUGUCUUUUCUACACUGAUUGCCUAAAAAAAUAUAGUAUAAUUUUUAAAUUCUUC